AAAAUGGCGAUGGAACAUUAGCGCUAAUUUACAGACGGAUGGCUCUGCUUCAGCCAGGAAAUAAGUUUUGUUAUUUACAUUGAGAAAUGGGGAUUUGCAAGGAAAAAACGGGGUUACGCUAUUGUCAGUGUUGUAAAUACUGAUAGUGUUCAUUUGUGGAAAUCCUGGCCAUAACUCAGAAGAGGAAGGACAACUUCUUACAGCCAUGGCGGAGGAGCGUCGGCAGAAGCAGUGCUCGGUCACCCUUCCCACCGAGUCCAUGAAGGCCAUGGCAGAGUCUGUUGGGGUGGGGCAGUUACAAGAGGAAAGCUGCGUCGCCCUGAGUGAGGAGGUCAGCUACAGAAUCAAAGAAAUCGCGCAGGAUGCUUUGAAAUUCAUGCAUCAUGGGAAAAGACGUAAAUUAACUACCAGUGAUAUAGAUAAUGCCCUCAAGCUGAAAAAUGUGGAGCCUCUGUAUGGAUUCCAGUCUCAGGAGUUCAUUCCUUUUCGCUUUGCAAGUGGUGGAGGGAGAGAGCUUCACUUUUAUGAAGAAAAGGAGGUCGACCUCAGUGACAUUAUUAACACACCCCUCCCCAGAGUUCCACUAGAUGUCUCUCUCAAAGCCCACUGGUUAAGUAUUGAAGGAGUUCAACCCUCAAUUCCAGAAAAUCCCCCUCCAGCAACAAAAGAACAACAAAAGACAGAGUCCACGGAACCCCUUAAAGUGGUCAAACCAGGUCAGGAGGAGGAAGGGGCGAUUCAAGGCAAAGGUCAGGGUGCAACAGCUCCUGACGGCAAAGGAAAAGAGAAAGGUUCGAUCAGGUUGAAACCACGCAGCACUCAUGAGCUGUCUGUAGAACAGCAGCUGUACUACAAGGAGAUCACAGAAGCCUGUGUUGGCUCCUGUGAGGCAAAGCGAGCAGAAGCUUUGCAGAGUAUAGCCACUGAUCCAGGACUGUAUCAGAUGCUUCCAAGAUUCAGCACAUUUAUAUCUGAAGGAGUUCGGGUUAAUGUGGUGCAGAAUAAUUUGGCGCUUCUGAUUUAUCUCAUGCGAAUGGUCAAAGCUCUAAUGGACAACCCCACUCUGUAUUUGGAAAAAUAUCUCCAUGAGCUCAUCCCCGCUGUGGUCACCUGUAUUGUGAGUAAGCAGCUGUGUUUGCGGCCAGAUGUUGACAACCACUGGGCAUUGCGGGACUUUGCUGCACGCCUUAUGGCUCAGUGUUGCAAAACCUUCAGUACUACAACCAACAAUAUCCAGUCUCGGAUCACCAAAACUUUAACCAAGAGUUGGCUGGAUGAGAAAACCCAGUGGACAGCACGAUACGGCUGCAUUGCUGGACUUGCUGAAUUGGGACCUGAUGUGAUAAAGACACUCAUCCUUCCUCGGCUUACUGUAGAGGGUUCUCGCAUCAAAGCGGUGAUGGAAGGAUCCGUGGUCUCUAAUAUUGAUAAAAUAGGGGCUGAACAUGUUCAGAGCCUUCUACUGAAACACUGUGCCAGUGUCAUCGCAAAGAUCCGCCCUCAGCCAGACACAGUAGAGCAGUAUCGAACAGACUAUGGUUACCUUGGACCCAUGCUGUGCUCUCAUGUAAUCAAAGCCAGAACCCAAGCAGCACUGCAGGCUCAGCAAGUCAACAGAACCACAUUAACAAUCACACAGCCUCGUCCCACUCUUUCUGUCUCACAAAGCGGCUUGAGUGGGUCAGGGGGGCCUCGCACUCCCAGCAUCAUCAAGGUUCCCAGCUCCCUCACACUCAUGUCGCCAAGACCCGGUACUCCAUCACAACCAUCUCCCCCAGCAACAAAAUACAUUGUGAUGGCAACUAGUGCAGGAACCGCCUCAACUCAGCAGGUAAUCACUCUUAGCUCUUCCCAGUCAGCUUCUCCUGUAACCAGCACUGUUCCCAGUGCAACCUCAACCUUGCAGCCUUUGGUCAAAGUGGAGUCUGGCAGUGGUCCUGGACUGGCGGCUUCCCGUCCUCUGCAGAAGUAUAUAGUUGUGUCUCUGCCCCCCUCUGCCUCCUCCUCUCUGGAGCCUAAAAGUUCGGUGUUAUCCACUUCAGUUUCCUCAACUCCUUUGGAUCCAGGAAUAAAGCUGGAGCGCUCCGAGUCCCCUGGAGUGAGCACGCAGUCACCACAUUGAUACUUGAACAGUGAAGCUUUGUAUCAUGUUUUUGCAGCUGUACUGGACUCAACUGUUUGGUUUGAGCCUAAGGGCUCACACUCAAAAGGUCUAUUGAGAUGAAUCUGUAAGUUCUCAGCUGACAGGACUCUUGUAAAUAUCUUACUGCCCGUUGAAAGCUGAUCAAUUUUACAUCUGCAGUGUUUCAGCUUAUAUUCUAACUCAUUUCACAUUGUUGUUUUUUAAGCCUAAAAUAAAUCUGAUUUUGUAUGAAAAAUUCUA